ACUUUAGUAAUUAAAAUGAAUGUGAACUGACUUCACACAUGAGGUGUGAAGUCAGUUCACAUUCAUUCAUCUGCUUGCUGCCCAGAAGCAGUUUGUGAUAAUCUAUGAUCUGUUGCUCAGACCAGUGAAGAAGAGCUUCAUGAUCACCAACACGUUUAGAGAAAAAUGGGGAAGCUUCAGCGAACAUCACUACUUAGUGGUACGGAUGUGGUAGAAUGAGGGGUGAUUUGCUGCAUGAGGCGCCUGGUGCAUCUAAUAAAUUAGCAUCAGAAGAAAAUACGUUCAUGUGGAAAUGUUGGAGCAACAUCUGAAGACAGGAGGUUGAAAAACAGCAGAGAUGUUUUUUUUCAAGAGGAUAAUAACUCAAAACAUACCACUAAAUUAGAUAAAGUCUAUGUUAAAGGCAAAAAAGUGAAUAUUUGAAAUGCUAAAAUGAUGUGUGUGAACCUACAAAGCAAUAACAAACUAAUGUAAGACACAUGGAAUAAAACAUGUUUGACCAAAUUCACACAGUUUAAAGGAAAUUCUACUGAAUCCAACAGGAAAUGGAAACUUAUGAAUCUGAGGAAUAUUUAGAAAACUCUCUAAAUGACCUGAAACUGUCUUUCAGGUCUGAUUUAAUGUUAUAUUAAAGUUUAUUCUGAUUUAAUGUUGUAUAGAGAUAAAGGUGAUGAGUUCAUGCAAUUAUCUGCUUCAAUAUUCAGAUAAAAUGCAGAAUAAUUACUAUAAGGACUCGCGGGGGGAGGGGGGGGGACUGGUAAUCCCCAACAACCAAUCCUGAGUGUCUGCAGGAGUCGUGUCUUUAUUUGGUGUUGUGUGAGUUGAAUUAAGCUCUGAUAGGCUCUUUAGAAAAAUCCUCCUUCAGAUAAUCAGAUAUUAAAGAAGCGUCAGGCUGAGAUGAAACCAUUUCUACAUCUAAAACAAACCUGCAGGUUUAUUUCACUGACUGAAAAAAUGAGGACCUGAGAACUCGUCAGCUGAUCAGUCCUCUAAAUCAGGUAAGAUGUCCACCUUCUUAACUCAAAUAACACAUUAGUCCAUCAUUUUGAUUUUAAACUGGAUCUGGUAUUAUAUAAAACAAAUACCCAUCUAGGUUUGGUCAAUAACUGGUUGAUUAAUUUGGUAAUAUUUUAGAAUGGAACCUGAAACUGAUUUGUGUCUGUUAUUUACAGUUACCACCACCGUCGUCCCACCGCUGUGAAGAAGAACUCAGAGAACAGAAAUGCUGCCGUUGCUGCUGCUGGUUCUGGUUCUGUCCUCAGCCAGUCCUCUGGACCCGGACAGGAACCGGCCGCCGGAUGAAACGGUCUCCUCUGUGAAUCCAGAACCUGCGGAUGAUGUUGCUAAAAUCAAAGCUAAGUUGUACUACUCAACCGUCCGACGUGUUCUGUCUCCGGCUCCGUUCAGACAGAAAAGCCCAGUUAACUCGACGCUCCCAGAGUUCGGUAAUACAGGAAAACUGCGAUGGGAAAAAUGGCAGGGUUCCCCUCCUAAUGGAGCCAUUUCUAUUUACAACAGCUACGCUGAUCGAAUCGACUACAUCUGCAAAGUUGGAUGUCAUUCUGGGUUUUACAACCCCAGCAAAGGCUCUUACUGCCACUACCCAAAAAAAAAAGAAGAGCAUCGUUCCUCCAGCUUUCAAAUCCUUGUGAAUGAAGAUAAUUUUCAGAUCCUGGAGUGGAAGGAAGGUUCUUAUGGUUCUGUUCCACAGAAUGCAAUCAGAACCUGCUCCAGUGAGGAAAUGUAUGUAGGGAAGAACAAGUACGGACUGGGGAAGGUUGAUCAACAGGAUCAAUGUUUUUAUCUACCCUGGGAGGGAAGUGAGCAUUGGUACCGGUACUAUGAGGUUCUGACCCACAUGAAGGCUGAAGAAGAUCUCAUCUCUGAUGUCAAAUAUCACAUCAAAACUGCUCAAAUUUUCAAAGAUCCUCCAAAAACCCUCCAAAGCUCUACUACUAUCAACCAUGCCCUCGGUCCUGUGACAAAAACAGUUUCUCUGACUAAGACAACCACAGAUGUGAGAUGGUGGGACAUCAGCUCCUCCAUCACUGCCGGUGUAAAAACGUCCAUCACUACAGGAAUUCCCUUCAUUGUGGAUGGAAAGAUUGAAAUCAAUGCAGAGACGACUCAUACGUUCUCAGGUGGAAAUACCUGGACAGAGCAGAUCUCCCACUCUGUGUCUUUACAGCUUACCGUACCACCAAACCACAGCUGCAAAGUAAAGAUGGUUGGUUAUCAGUACAAGAUGGACAUUCCCUUCACCGCCGUCCUCAAGCGAACCUAUGAAGACGGAGAGACCAGAUCAGUUACCAUCUCUGGAAAUUAUCACGGAGUCCAAGUUGGAGACAUUGAGGCUGAAGUUGAAAAAUGUAAACCUUUGUCCAACUCCAAACGCUUCAUCCUACAACAACCUGAUGUAGGAUAUUUGGAGAGUGAAAACCUCCUGAAGUAAAGUUAGCAUGACUUUACCAGCAGAGCUUCAGCUUCAUUUAUGCUUUUUUAUUUAUACUCUUUGAAACUGUAACCAUGCGAUUAGUCAAAGGAGUGACUUUAUAUGCAAUUCUGAUAAAAACCCACAGCAUUUUUAUUAACCAUCAUCUCAUUUAACGUUGAUCUAGAAACAGACAAGCUUUAAAGUUUAUGAAUAUACCCUGUGAGCUAUUCUAUGCAAUUUAUUUGGCAUUAAUAAAGCUUAUAAGCAAUGAAAAUGAA